ACUGUUAAGUCGACCUCACAUUUUCCAGAAGGACGCGACUGUUUUCAUUUCGCCGCCAGGGCGAAAGCCGUGAACUUCCUCGUGCUUUCCUCGCGCGGCGCGUGCCGCUGUCUUCGUGCUCUCUGGUGUCAUCACCGGCUGUCUCACCUGCGGAUGAGGAGGGAGGCGCCGCUCCGAGGCCUAUAAAUGCCCGGUGCCGGGAAGCUGCACGCGCACAGAGGCUGUGGCAGAGAAAAGAGCGCAUCAUGGGUAACUGGCUUGUCAACAACGGGCUUUCAGCUUUUACGCUGGUGGUGUGGAUGGGCAUCAACAUCUUUCUCUUCGUCUUUUUCUACAAUCGCUACAACUCCGAGCCCCAGUAUUUCUACACGCGCCAUCUCAUCGGGGCCGGUUUGCCCUGGGCCAGAGCUCCUGCUGCUGUCCUCAACUUCAACUGCAUGCUGAUCCUGCUGCCGGUGUGCAGGAACCUGCUGUCUCUGAUCCGAGGCUCCCUGAUGUGUUGCAGUAAAACAAUGAGAAAGCAGGUGGACAAGAACCUGACGUUCCAUAAGCUGGUGGCGUACAUGAUCGGCCUGAUGACAGCUGUUCACACCAUCGCCCAUCUGCUCAACGUGGAGUGGUUCAACAACAGCAGACAAGGGGUGUACGACGAGCUCAGCACUGAUCUGUCCAAGCUGGGCGACGAGGACGACACCACCUACCUGAACCCAGUCCGCGAAAAAGACCUGAAUCCGGAGCGGAUCCCCAUCUACUUCGCCUUCAGCACCAUCGCGGGGGUCACCGGCGUCGUCAUCACCCUGGCCCUCAUCCUCAUCAUCACCUCCUCCAUGGAGGUCAUCAGGCGCAGCUACUUCGAGGUCUUCUGGUACACGCAUCACCUCUUCGUCAUCUUCUUCGCCGGGCUCGUCUUCCACGGAGCCGGGCGCAUCGUGCGGAGCCUCCAGGAGUCAGACCCGCCGCACAACGUCACCCUGUGCAAAGACCGCAGUGACGAGUGGGGGCAGACUCCUCAGUGUCCGGACCCUCAGUUCGCAGGCGGCUUCCCACAGACCUGGAUGUUCGUGAUCGGCCCAAUGGUCCUGUACAUUUGCGAGCGUCUGGUGCGCUUCAUCCGCUACAUGCAGGUUGUCCGGUACAGGAAGAUCGUGAUGCACCCGUCCAAAGUGCUGGAGCUGCAGCUGGAGAAGAGCGGCUUCAAAAUGGACGUGGGCCAGUACGUCUUUCUCAACUGCCCCACCAUCUCCCAGCUGGAGUGGCACCCGUUCACCAUGACCUCUGCCCCCGAGGAGGAUUUCUUCAGUGUCCACAUCCGCUCGGCCGGAGACUGGACCGACAAACUCAUUGACAUAAUGCAAAAGCUUCCGGAGGGAGCACAGGGCCCCAAAAUGGGGGUGGAUGGGCCCUUCGGCACGGCCAGCGAGGACGUGUUCGACUACGAGGUCAGCAUGCUGGUCGGCGCCGGCAUCGGAAUCACUCCAUUCGCCUCCAUCCUCAAGUCCAUCUGGUACAAGUUCAAGGGGUCGGACCCAAAGCUGCGAACCAAGAAGAUUUAUUUCUACUGGCUCUGCCGGGAAACAUACGCCUUUGAGUGGUUCGCCGACCUCCUGCAGUCGCUGGAGAAGGAGAUGGAGGAGAGAGGCAUGGGGAAUUUCCUGACCUACAAGCUCUUUUUGACUGGUUGGGAUCAAAGCCAUAUUACACAUGUGACGGUUCACUUUGAUAAGGAGACCGACGUGGUCACUGGGCUCAAGCAGAAGACGCACUACGGCAGACCCGUCUGGGACAAGGAGUUCGAACAAGUCAGACAGGAGAACCCCAUGUCUCAAGUGGGAACUUUCCUGUGUGGUCCGGAGGCGCUUGCAAACGUGCUGGAGAAGAACUGUGCCAAAUACUCGGACGUGGAUCCGCGCAAGACUAGAUUUCACUUCAACAAAGAGAACUUCUGAGCAGACCGGCCGCCUGUAGGGCUCGUUCUGAAUGCCUGAAUAUGGUUCGUCUUCGACCGCAGUCAUCGAUGAGGUGCACCCAGUUCGCCAUUCAGGCCUCAACGUUGCACCUGAUAAAGAACUGUUGUUUUAACACUACUUAGGAACUCACCAAACUCAAACACCGCUCACGCCGUCAUGAUUCGCAAUGAUUCAUGGUUUAUACACACAUUAGUUACACCUGUACAAUCAUUGUAUCGUCACCUUAAGCUUUCUAAUCAAAACCUUGCAGUUGCUACAAAACUGAUACUUGAAGUUUAUGAAGGAAGAUUUUUACUGUUACAAAUCUCAGGACAUGUUGGGAUUCAGUACUUAGUCUUUAACAUUGUUUAUUAUUGUUUGUCAUUAAUAUGUAUGUGAUUUAAGCCACUGCUGCCACCAAAGCAUGAAGAAUAAAUCACUGGUGGAAAUAGUUUAAGUUGCAUAAACUUUGUAACAAUUUGAUUUUGUGAAUUGUAUAAACAGUCAAAGUCA